GUGUUUGCUUUUUAAAGUCUCAAUCUCAGACAGACCUGACCCAGCACCCUUGAAUCCUUGCCUUACUAAAGUACUCUCUGAACUCCCACUCUGAACUCUCCUCACCUUUCCGCAGUAUGGACAUCACCAGAUUCCAAGCCUUCCAUUUCUGACUUCUGCCUCGUUUAAUUGUUGUGUUGUUUAUGCUUCCCAAAAACAAUGUGUGAACCCCAAUACCCCAUGUUAACAACGCCUACUGUUGCAUCUUUUCACACUGAUUCACUUCAAGAACGGCCUCCCUCUUCUUUGUUUAACAGAAACAACUACACCCAUUUGGAGAUUGUCGAAACUAUGCAGCCCCAUUUCAGGGUGGUUUCUGAAUUGCACUGAUUGCCUCUUUUCCUGUGCCGUCUUGUUUGGUGGUUCUAACUUUUAAGGCGUUAAUGGAGGGGUUUUCUACGGAUUUUCCGGGGUUCUCUGAUGGGUUUUCAGAGAAUUCGGGGUAUGGGGCGAUAAUUAGAGGUGGGUCAUCGUCGUCGUCGUUGUUGGUGUUGGAUAGUGAGAGAGGAGAGCUUGUGAGGGCUCCAGCGAGGUUGGGGCCAAAUGAGGUGAAGGCGGAGAAGGCUAUGGUGGCUCUGAAAAAUCAUAGUGAGGCGGAGAGGAGGCGGAGAGGGAGGAUUAAUGCUCAUCUAGCCACGCUCCGGGGCAUAAUCCCGGGUACAAAGAAGAUGGACAAGGCAUCUUUGCUUGGUGAAGUUGUUAGCCACUUGAAGGAACUGAAGAGGACUGCAGCAGAAAUUAGUAAAGGCUUACUUGUUCCAAUGGAUAUCGAUGAAGUAAGGGUUGAGCAACAAGAGGGUGGUUUAGAUGAGGCCCCAUAUUCUAUCAAGGCAUCUCUAUGUUGUGAUUAUAAACCUGGUGUUUUAUCAGAUUUAAGACGAGCACUUGACACCGUCCAUCUGAAAACAGUUAGGGCAGAGAUUGCAACCCUUGGAGGUAGGAUGAAGAAUGUUUUUGUGAUGACUGGCUGUAAAGAUGGCAACCUUGAAGAUACUGAAACGAGGAAGCUUCAUGCAAACUCUGUUCAUCAGGCCCUCAGGUCUGUGCUUGAUAAAUUUCCUGCUUCACAGGAUUUCUCAUCAAGAAGCACGUCUUCGAACAAGAGGCAAAGGAUUUCUAUUUUCAAUUCUUCGAGCUCAUCUCCAUUUGGAGACUUCUGUGGGCACGGGGAAGCCCCAAUUCUGCGUAGGUGAGGGAUGGUAGCAGAAUGGCUAAAUUUAAGAAUACAUAAAAAUUUGAUUCAAGUAUGAAAGAGUAGGGAAAGAGAUUCUAGUUGCAAUGAUGAUCAAGAAGAAGCGGUGGCCACUUUCUAGGACUAUGACUUAGGCUGCAUCCUCCUCGAUCAUUUUCAAAAACGGCUCUUCAAGAGUCUCUUAGGAUAAAAUUCCCAUGCUUCUUCCUUGAAAGAGUAUUUAAUAUUUAAUAAUUACAGUCGGCCAUAUCCCUAAAACAAAUACAAAAUGAA